AUGGCAAAGCUCACUGACGAUGCCAACUACGAUGCCGGCGAAACUUCUGGGAAUGUACUAAGUCCACGGUCCGACUCUGGAACUCUGGCUCCAGACAAGGACUGUCUCCAUCCUUUUAAUAUAUCUCUUCCAUGUGGAUUGACACCCAUUUCGGGGGAUCCACGAGUACCCAGAGAUUGGCAGUCUAUACUUCGGCUUAAGCAACAAGAUGCAAUAAUGAUGGAUGGCCAACAGAACUCUCUUCUUGGAUGUUGGUACAUGGCCUGCAGUGCCUGCCUACCAGGGAGUCCUUGUCGUUGGGACGAAGCUGUCUGGAUAAAUAGAGAUCUAGUUCAACUAUAUGAAAGUCUGAAACAUUAUCAGAUGGAGCAGACUGCAAUUGGAUACGAAUUAAUGGUCUCCGACAAUAUUACCCGCCUGGCAGGAAAACAGGUCUGUAUCUGCUUUUAA